AUGCAGCAACGACAGCAAACGCAGCAGCCAGGCUUCACUUCAGCAGCAGACUUGAUGGCUUCUCGACGACAACAGCAGAAGCUGCCUCUUGUCGAGGACGAUCUUUUCAACGAAGACGAUGAUGGCGGGAAGGAGGCGAAACGAGGUUUGACUUCGUGGGACGCGGUGCGAUGGCUGUCUGGCCACGUUGCGCCGGGAACUGCGGGGCAAAAGAGCAAGGUGCAGUCUCACGACUCACAGGCAGCCGUCAAGGAGGCGAAUACACCAGCAAACGCGGGUAAUGGCUCGGCAUUGCUCGCUGGGGCAGCGGCUGCGCUUGCCGCCACCUCUGCUUCCAAUUCCGCCAUAGGUGGAUUGCUCACCUCGCUUCUCAAUCCUGCCUUCGGCGCCGUCUCCGACCCACACCAAGCACCACCCGCAAAAGGAGGCGAACAGGUCGCCCUGGCAACCGCCAACCAUCUGAUCUUCCUUCGAGCCAUCUUCCGCAUCAUCUUUCGCGUCAUCGUGCUUGUUCGCUUGUCGAGAUUCCAGAACUCGGCAACGCCGAUCUCUGCUCUCGUGUUGAACGAGCUUCUGCGCUGA